UUCAGUUCGUCAACGCUGGGCUUACUGGCGGCCGCUAUAGAAGCAAGCACUGCGGCCGCCGUGGGCAAGCUGUGGCUGGAGGAAGACAUGCGGCGUUACCUGAGGGUGUUAGUGCUCUGUCUGGGCUGUGGAUUUUGCUCGUUGCUUUACGCCCUCAACCAACUAGCUGUGUCCCUGGAGGAAGAAGAGACUGGCGGUGGCGGGAAGCUUAAGGCCGCAGCUGCUUCCUGGCUCACUGUUAGCGGACAUGUAGAUGGGAAAGGGGCGCGAAGCGUAGGCCCCAAGGACCACCCGGGCUGGUCCAACAGGUAUAAUAAGGAUGUGUCUCUCUCUUACUGGAACCCCUAUUGGAUGCUGCCCUCUGAUGUUUGUGGAAUGAACUGCUUUUGGGAAGCCACUUUUAGGUAUAGACUGAUGAAAACACAGUCUUCUGAGACAAUGCACCUAGCCGUGGUAGCCUGUGGUGAACGGCUGGAAGAGACUGUAACUAUGAUAAAAUCAGCUGUUAUUUUCAGCAUCCAGCCUCUUCAGUUUCACAUUUUUGCUGAAGACCAAUUGCAGCACAGCUUCAAAAACAUACUCAACGGCUGGAAAUUUCUACAGACAUUUAAUUACACUAUCUAUCCAAUAACUUUUCCGACUGAGAAUGCAGCAGAAUGGAAAAAACUCUUUAAACCAUGUGCUUCACAAAGAUUGUUUUUACCAUUAAUCCUGAAAGAAGUUGACUCACUGCUAUAUGUUGACACUGAUAUUCUUUUUUUACGCCCUGUUGAUGAUAUUUGGUCACUGCUAAAGAAAUUUAACUCCACACAAAUUGCUGCCAUGGCACCAGAGCAUGAGGAACCUCGGAUUGGUUGGUAUAAUCGCUUUGCCAGACAUCCAUACUAUGGAAAAACUGGAAUAAAUUCUGGAGUUAUGUUAAUGAACAUGACUCGAAUGAGAAGGAAAUAUUUCAAGAAUGACAUGACAACUGCUCAUUUACAAUGGGGAGAGAUACUUAUGCCAUUACUUAAAAAAUACAAACUUAAUAUCACAUGGGGUGAUCAAGAUUUGUUAAAUAUAAUGUUUUUUCAUAAUCCAGAAAGCCUUUUUGUUUUUCCAUGCCACUGGAAUUAUCGGCCUGAUCAUUGUAUAUAUGGAAGUAAUUGCCAAGAAGCUGAAGAGGAAGGAAUCUUUAUUCUCCAUGGGAACAGAGGUGUUUACCAUGAUGAUAAGCAGCCAGUUUUUAGAGCUAUUUAUGAAGCACUGCGAAAUUGCUCUUUUGAAGAUGAUAAAGUACAUUCCUUGUUACACCCAUUAGAACUGGAACUACAAAAGACUGUACAUACAUACUGUGGGAGAAUACACAAAAUAUUCAUGAAACAACUAACAAAAAGUAUAAGAGAUAGUUAUAACCGACCAACAAAGGAAAGGUGACUCUUGUUGGUGAAGACUUAAAUCUGUUGAACUACAAAAAGUAUGCGUGAAUGAUUUUCUUGCACAAUGUAUUAAUGUUUAAGAAGGAAUUAUUUAUCCUUUAUCCAGAUAAGCUUUACUAGAGAGAGUAAAUUGAGGUAUGUUUUGUUGUUAUGAAGAAUAAGUUGGAGCCUAACCUCAAACAUUCCUGACAUUUGAAGUUUGUUAAUCAUUGUUUGCUUUCAAUCCAGUUUUGGUGAAAAUGAACUCUUACUGAUAAAUAGUUUUAGUUUAUAUGAUUCUGUUGACUGUUCUUUCUUCAGUGGGUGAAAGAAAUAGGGUUAUAUAAGUGAAGAGCCAUGUACUUCAUACAUAAUUUUAAAAAUGUGAAACUGUGAAUGUUAGCAAUACUUUUGAGUCAGCACUGACCUCACUUUAAUUUUGUGAGAAUAAAGUUUACAGGGACAAAAAUUGUUUUGUCUCUUAGGAAAUGUGAUAUAACCAUUGCAAAUCUGUGUGUGCCUUUUGAUGUUUCAUCUCUGAUAUGUUAAAAAAAAUUUUGUGACAAUCAUGUUUAAAAUCUUUGAGUAAACUACAUACAUAUGCAAGCCAUACAAAGUAAUAGAAAACUAGUAUAAACUUCUAGAUAUUGUUAAUAAUGAUUUCAUGUGAAAUAUUACCUUUUUAUUUGUUUGUUCAACUGUCUUGCCAAAAAUCAAAUUUAGAUUUAAAUAUGUUAAAAUGUGUUUGGGGCAAAACUUUUUUAUUACUUUAAAUGAAAUUCAUUUGUAACUUUACUAAGCAUUCUGGAAGUAAAAAGAUACCUAUUCCAAUAUUAGAAUUUUAGUGGAAAUCAUAAUAGCAUACUAGUAUAGUAUUGGUAAGUAUAGUGGACCAAAUUAUAGUUACACCUUUCUUACAAUCAGUUAUUUCAGCCAUCAUAGAAUUGAAAUGUGUUCCAUUUCAAUUUCUUUCUUCUACCUCAAAUUUAUUUUGCCAGAUAUUUUUAAAACAAGAAAGUUGGCAGAGCAUUACCACAAUUUUAUAGAAAACCUAUCAUGGAUAGUUUGUGAUUAAGGAAAAGAUUAUUGGUUCUACUAGAAAAAUAAUUUUUGUUUCCAUAAAUUGCAUAUCCUUUUCAAGUGAAGAUACUGAAUUUUUUUGUUGAUGUUGAAGGCUAGAGAGUUUCUUUCUUUCUUGAUUUCUUGUCCUGUUAAUUCAUAAUUCCCACGGCCAGAUAUGGCUCUUAGAACAAUACUGGUUCUUGUGAAUUGACCAAGUUCCAUAUUUACUAUUUCCCUCUUUUUUCCUUUGGUAUUUAAUUUUUAAAGGAGAGGGGCAUCAUGUAGUUAAUGUUUUAUUUCAAUGGGAGAAAUUUGUUUGUUUUAUGAAAACAGAGAGCUCUUGUUGAGACAAAAAAGAGCUGGUUUGGGUGGUUGAUUUUUCUGCAGUGACUGGUUGUGGUGAGUUGAGAAGGGAGAGGAGUACUAAUGAAAUAAUGGAAGCAAGUCAAGGCAUUACUAACCUGCCUAAUAUUUAGCAUUCUUGUUUCAGGGUGGGUUUUGAGAGUAGAAGAAUUAGUAUAUAGAAUGUUGGUGUGAAUGUCAAGGAGCUAGUAGCAACUUGAGGGUGGGAAUGGUUUCAUUUUUGUCAUAUCUCCAGCACCUAUAAUAAUGUCUGACAAUUGUCGGAGCUUAAAAGAAACACGUUUGAUCUGCUUACGAGACUAAGACAUAUUGAAGUUGGUGAUUUUGAGACAGAAAAGUAGAAUUGUAGAGUUUAAACCUGCAAAGAUAUCUUAGAGAUCAUUUAGUCCUACUCUCUUAUGUAUAAAUGAAUAGAAGCCCCCAGAGAGAUUAAAUUACUUGUUCCAAAACACACAAGUAGUUGUGUUUUUUUUUCUUUGCAUCUCUCACCAAUUACUGAAGUAGUAGGAAGUCAACACAGCUGCUGUCUUCCUUUCUUUUGGCACAUCUUAUCUUUCUAUAGAUGCAAGGAUUCUGGACUGUACAGUGUGAUAUUUGUGUGACCAAAUAUGAUAAAUGUGGAAUGUUUGGUACUAGGAAGGAUGUAGAGUCAGAAGGAAAUAUCAUCUCUAAGAAAAUCUCAGCACAACCUGAAGAAAGAACAGAUAAGUACGGAAUAGGGAAAACUGACAGUCAUCGCUUUUUUUUUUUUUUUUUUGCUGUAUUGAUUCAGCCUUAUAUGCAGCCCCUUUUUACCUCCUCCAUGAGGAAGAAAUCUUGGUGGGGAGAAGGAAAAUUUUCCUUCAAAUUUGGGGAGGGAAAAAAAUACAAGAUAGGGAAAAUUAUGUAUAUUAAUGUGAUAAUUGUUUUUAACUAGAUCAUGCACUCCUUCUAGUCUUUCCUCAGAAGCCCGUAUCAGUCUGGAUAAUUGAAUUUAGUAUAUAUUAAUUCUAGAAUUUCCUACAUGGCAUAAAUAUUAGAUACCAGGUUUGCUAUUCAUUACCUCUAUGGCCUUGGGAAAUUUCCUUUAACUCUUUGGGUUUCCAUUUCCUUAUCUGUAAACUAAAGGAAUUGGAUUAGGUAUUGCCUAAAUAUAAGUCCUAUUACUAUCUAGCUAAUAACCAUGGCUUUUUUAGACUAGACUGGAAAUUCUUAGUAUAUGGUGAUUCAUUUUCUUCAUAUAAUUGUAUUAUAUUUUAUUAAGAUGAUUCUUAGUGGAUCUGAAGAUUCCAUUCUGUUUAUUUAGGUUUGUCCUAGUUACCAUUUUAUCAAAAUUGAAAUAUCAAGGGAAGCUCCAUUUUCCCAUGUUAGGUGACCAGCCCAUUAUAUUUUGUACCAUAGAACAUUCAUUUUAUUAUUUAAAUAAUUUUCUACAUUUGGCUUUUUUCGUCUUAAUAUUUUAUGUCAGUGGAAUAAAUGGAGCUUUUAGCUAUAUUGGAAAAAUUAGCUCAUAUUUUAGUAGUGUAAGUAUUGCCUUGUCAGUUGUGUGUGUGUAUGUGUGUGUGUAUACACAACACAUUUUAGCUAACUUGAACAAACAUUAAGUGUCUACUGUGCAUUGUAAAACAUUGUUAUACAAAAAAGAAAAAUGAUAGUUUCUGCUCAGAGUAGUUUACAAUCUAAUAUAGAGUGUUUAAACACAUGCAAAGUUAUGUUCUUUGAAUAAGUAUAUUUAGCAGCCAUGUGAACCCAUUUUUGGCCUGAUGUACCAAAGUAAAAUGACUUUAAAAACAGUUGGCCAAAAGUUCUAUUGUUUCAUUCUUAAAAUUGGCAAAGUAUCAGGCAAAAAUAGAAAAUAUAUGCUGAUUGAAAUUUAUAUUU